GAGCAAAUAAGCUUGAUCUUGCCUGAGAGACAAACCACGCAGCACAACCGAUACGUUCAAAACGCAGAACGAUUGCUCAAAUACCCCAUAUAUUGGAUUUUCAUUGCCAUGUCCAAAGGCACCCGCUUUCUCACACUUGCUGUCCCACUGUUAUUACUUUAUAUUCUCGCCCUCUAUCAUAUUGUACCCACUCCCCUCUUGCCUACAGAACUAGCUGACGAUAUACUGCCUGUGCUCCCUUGGUGGCUUCUUGUUUCCUUUGGGGCAUACUCCCUAACUUCCUUGGGGCUAGGGCUUGUGAGAUUCCACGACUGUCCGGAAGCGUACGAGUCUCUCUUAAGUGAGAUUUCCCAAGCACGGAACGAACUUCGAAAUGCCGGAGUUGCUGUUGAUUGAUUAGAUGCUGAGAACAAAGGGAUGCUAGUGUGAAUAAUGUAUCAAGUAUAUGUCCAGCGGAGCCAUGGAAAGAGUCGGUGGCUAUGUUGUCCCUGGUAAUACAUGGAAUAUCUAAC